GGGUGUAACUAUUAUCAUGCUCACAUUCCAGAGACUGACCAAGAACUGAUCAGGCGUUGCGUUCAAGCGUUUGUAUAAAUGCAUGUGUCUAUUAUAUAAUCUCAAGAGUUCUUGGUAAUCUAUAUAGAUCUAACAACCCAAACUGGGCCUAGGGAGCAGACAAAAACUGAAGUCAUGAGUGCCAGCCCUAGAGAACCACCUACUGUCAAGCCAAAAGUGUCUCGAAAACCAGCACCAGAUCUAGACCAGGUCUACUAUGAUACAAUGAAAGAACCCAUUAAAAUUUCCAAGCUCACUCCACAGAACGUUAAUGCCACUGAAACUCUAACGCGUUUGAAGAAUCCUGAGACAGUAAAUCGUUCAUUACCAUCUGAUUUUCCUAACGAAGACGAAAAUUUUAGUUUAACGGAGCUAGUCGAUAAGUACUCUCACUUACUUCCAUUGCGAGUGAAAGCAGUUUCUGGAUUUAUGGCCGAAAAUGAAGGUGAUCCAACAAUUUACGUAGAUGAUGUCUACAACAUCCACGCUGUAAAACAAUCUGAAGUGGUAACGAUUGUUGACAGUAGACGUCAGAAGUAUAAGCUACCAUUGAAUUCUGCAGCCAAGUUUGGGCUUGUUGGUGGUUCAACAGAGACCUACAGUGUGCUCGACUUACACAGAGCAGAACUUCUCCCUCCUGUUAUUGUUGCCAUGAACAUACCUUUUAAAGAGAAACACAUCAAAGAAAAUGAGAUUCUAAUCCCAAUGAUGAAAACAAAGCUAAGUACAGUGAUUAAGGCGUUUAGUGUUACUGAACUUAGAGAAAAAAUCCUUCCCUCGCCCAAAGAAGAAUGUGAUAUUCUUUUUUCUACAGAUCCAAACCUCUCAAAGCUUUACCUUUCUGAAGUCAUCACGCAUGUUUCUCACUUACUUCCGUGUUCAGCUCGACUUUUUAUAUCACAAGAAGCAGCUAAGCUUCCAAAGCACCUUACUUCAAAGCAGGUUACUAUACAACAAAAAUGCACUGAAACUUCCCUCAUAAUUAGUCUUCACAAGAAGAAAACGAAGAACGAAGAAAAGGUGUACAUUGAUAUACCUGUUUCUAUUGACAUUGAUGUUCGUGUUCUUAGACCCCAAACGUCCGAAGAAGGUUAUGCCGCACUGUAUCAAGAUUCUAAUGCUCUCAUUACCGAGUAUGAUCCAACAAAGCUUCAGGCAUGUGUUAAUGCAAACGAUGAUGAUACAUACAUCACACAAGCGCAGCUAUUCAAAGCUCUUCGUCAAGGAUAUGAGACGGCUGGAACAAAGAUCAAGACGUCCGGAGUAGAACACAUCUAUGAGCCUCUAGGUCAAACAAGGGAAGCUCCUAGUAUGUACCAAGGGAUCAUGUUUCCUACGAGUGUACACAAUCAGGUAGUACCUGCACCUACCCUGCGAACACCUUCGGUUUCAAUGUAUGAAGAGGUUAAGCCAUUCCUUGAGAUUGAGACCCCUCCACGAAAGUUUUCAUCUCAGCCUCCACCACCUGCCGGAAUGCUUCCAGCCCCUGUAUUAUACCCUCGGGGUAAAGCACCACCAAGUAUACAGAGGCGCAUGCCUCCAGUACCGAUGUCCAAAUCAAUGACCUCUUCCCCUACGGACGUGCCGUCUUCCCAGGGCAAAACUCCAACUAUUCCCCCCAAGGCCGCCCGUGCUCACAACAAAGCUCAACCGUCUACAGCCAUUUAUGAUAAAGUACCCAAGAAGCCGAUCAGUUUAGCUCCUGCAAUUCAACCAAGAAAGACUACAAUAUCCACGUCAUCUUCUCCCGAUCCAACACAGUCAGCUCAGUCCAAGUCGGACACUACUGCACCUUUGAAAUCUUCAGUAUGGCAACCUACAUCAUCAACCCCUCCAAGAGUAGAAUCCCUAACACCUUUGAAGAAGCCUCAACCAACGGGUUCACAUCCUUCCAAUGGUAUAGGUACUUCAGUGAGCAAUAAUGGUGACAGCAUUAAGGAGGAUAAAAAUAACUAUGGGACAGCACUACUUUCUAUCAAUGAAAGCCUACGACUCCUGGUCGGUAAAAUGGAGAAGAUGGAACUGAAGCAAACACAGUUUGAGCAAAACCUUUCGCAGUUGAAGAAUCAAGCUACAGGCGACAGCAAAAGAGAGUUACCUUUGGAAUUAUGUUCCAUGACUCAACAAGAUGUGCAGAAGCUGUUGGAUGGCAUGGGCAUGCCUCAAUACAAAGAGGCCUUCUCAAAAGAGUGGGUGGAUGGUGAGGUAUUCAAAGAGCUGGAUGACGAGACACUGGAGGAAUUGGGAGUGACCUCCAAACUGCACAGACUCAAACUAAGGAAUGUUAUUACUGGGAUUCAUCCCUUGGAAAAGUUUUUGUGAACUAUGUAUGGAGUUUGUGAUAGUUAUUAGCUUUGUGAUAGUUAUUAGCUACGUGUACUUUCGAAUGUUUUUUAUGUGUUGUUUUUGCUAACAAAAAUCGCAUUCAUUAGAGA